AUGUAUUCUACCUUGAAUGUCCAUUAUUUUCAGAAUAUCCUCUGGAUUCAGAUGGAUUCCUUAUUGAUAUUGUACGGAAGUGAAACGGGUACAGCUCAGGAUACAGCCGAAUCUCUUUGGAUUGACGCAAAAUACCGAAAUAUAAUUGCUCGUGUGUGUUCUUUGGGGGACUACAACAUUGAGGACCUAUGCGAUGAAAGAUGUGUGAUAUUUGUGAUGGCCACGAGUGGGCAAGGUGAAAUGCCCACGGGUAUUCGCACCGCGUGGAGGAAACUCUGCUAUAAAUGUCUCCCUGCAGAUCUUCUUGACCAGGUUCACAUGGCCGUUAUUGGGCUUGGUGAUUCGUCUUAUCAGAAGUUCAAUUUCGCUGGAAAAAAGAUGUUUAGAAGAUUAUGCCAACUUGGUGCCAAGCCAUUGGUGGAUUUAGCUCUAGCUGAUGAUCAGCACGAAUUGGGUAUCGACGCUGCACUUGAUCCAUUUCGUGAAGCAGUUUUUCAACGAAUUUACGAAAUACAUCUUUUUCAAGCGAAUUGUCGAGUCACUGCUGAGAGUCACUUCCAGGACACUCGAUUAUUGAGCAUCGAUGCGAUGGGAAACGAGAACUUGAGGUAUCAGCCCGGUGAUGUUCUCAUGGUGCAUCCAUUCAAUUUGCACGAAUCUAUCCACAUUGCUCUUCAAGCUUUGAAUUACUCAGAUGAUUUGCUUGAUCGUCGGUUCGCGGUUAAACCAUCAGACUCCAAUAUUCCCAGCCUACCAAAAUGGCUUCUUGGAGGUGACUUCUUUCAACUGCUGAAGCUGUGCCUUAGCCAAAAUUUCGUGUUUAUUNUUGAAACUGUCGUUUUGGUGUGCAGUGUUGAUGUUGAGAAUAAUCCCCCUGCUUCGUAUUUAGAAAUUUCGUGUUUAUUGUUAUAUAAUGAACGUCAGAGGUUGUUCAUGUCUCUCGAAGCCUUCCGUUUACAACGUAUUGCAGAUCGGAUGAGUUUACGAGAUUGUUUCGAGCGAUAUUUCGAUUUGCAAAUGGUUCCUCGUCGAUCAUUCUUCAAGAUUCUCGCGAAACUUUCUACGCAUCCGGAUGAAAAGGAACGACUUGUUGAGUUGGCCUCACCCGAAAAUCUUGAUGAUUAUUUGGACUACUGUGUUCGUCCGAAACGCACAAUCGCUGAAACAUUACGUGAUUUUGGGAAUACGUCAAGAAAUCUCGAUUACGAGCGACUAUUCGAUCUAAUACCAGCCAUACGUGCUCGGGCAUUCAGUAUCGCAUCUUGUGAAAGUGUACAUGCCCACAUACAAUUGUUAGUGGCUAAGGUUGAGUAUAAAAAUAAACGAUUAGUGGAGCCACGGCAUGGAUUGUGUAGCACCUAUAUAAGCCGAUUGAAAGUUGGCGAUGAAAUUUUUGUGAAGGUUCGACCCGGGACGUUCAGGUGGCCAAAGAAGAGCAGCGCGCUGAUUAUGGUUGGUCCUGGAACUGGUGUUGCACCGUUUCGUUCAGUGUUACAUAGCAGGAAUUUGUGA